AUGGCUACCAUCAAGGCCAUCGAGGCCAGAUCAGUUCACCAGAUUCAAUCUGGGCAAGUCAUCGUCGAUCUUUGUUCCGUGGCUAAAGAACUAGUCGAGAACAGCCUCGAUGCAGGUGCCACCACUGUCGAAGUUCGCUUCAAAAACCAUGGCUUGGACUCGAUCGAAGUGCAAGACAAUGGCUCCGGCAUUGCUCCAGCCAACUACGACACUCUCGCUCUCAAGCAUUACACUUCCAAACUAUCCAGCUUCGAUGACCUUUCUAGUCUCCAGACCUUUGGUUUUCGAGGCGAAGCGCUUUCUUCACUCUGUGCCCUUUCCAAGUUCUCUGUUGUCACCGCACAAGCGGAUGAAGUGCCCAAGGGCAAGCGGCUGGAUUUUGACUCCUUGGGCAAGCUCAAGUCGGUGACCGUGGUUGCCGCUCAGAGAGGAACUACUGCCAGUGUUGAGAAUUUGUUCGAGAGUCUCCCUGUGCGACGCAAAGAGCUCACCAAGAACAUCAAACGCGAGUAUAACAAAGUCUUGGGCUUGCUGCAGGCCUAUGCCUGUAUUGGCGUCAACGUCAAAUUCACGGUCAAGAAUACGAUGCCCAAAAGUAAAAGCAUGAUGGUCUUUUCUACAAAAGGCAAUGCCACUACCCGGGAAAAUAUUGCAAACGUCUACGGGGCUAAAACACUGAGUGCACUGGUUGCUCUCGACCUCGAGCUGGAUUAUCAGCCUACAUUGACACAAAUGGCCCGAAAAGACAAGCAUACCAAUAUACGUGUCAGAGGCCACAUUUCCAAGCCCGUGUUUGGGGAGGGCCGGCAGACGCCAGAUCGACAAAUGUUUUUUGUCAAUGGCAGACCAUGUGGUUUGCCCCAGAUCGCAAAAGCCAUCAAUGAGGUCUACAAGGCUUUUAAUGUCUCCCAGUCACCCUUCAUAUUUGCGGAUCUUCAGAUGGACACCAACGCGUACGAUGUAAAUGUAUCGCCUGACAAACGAACAAUAUUGAUCCAUGACUCGGCAUCGCUUGUUGAGAGUCUCAAGACUGCACUUAAUGAAAUGUUUGAUCAGCAAGAGCAAACUGUCCCUCAAUCCCAACUUGUUACGUCCCAGCUGCCUGCUUUUCAGAAAUUGGGCUUCCUGCGCCAGCCGUCCUCGAGUAGCCCCGAAUCUGCAAGUCGACAAACCUCGUUUUCAGAUCACCCAGCUCCAGUCGACGACGACGAAGAUGGGGAUAGAUUUGACGAAGAUGAGUCCCGGACGGCAUCGGUGAUGGAUGACUUGCAGAAAUUCUCUCGUACCGCAAAGGACGUUGGAUCGAGCGAAAUAUUGCAACCUCAAAAGGUAGCUCCACGUGAAAGACCUGCAGAAAAAGCACUCGAGGAGAUCGUUCGGCAACACACGCCAACAAAUGAGUCUCUUGAGGAGGACGAUGACCAGGAAGUGAUCGAGACGGAGGAAAUAUUGCAGCAGUCUGAGGAAGAGGAAGAGGCAUCGCAGUUCGAUCCAGUCAAGUUGCAUGUCAGUGAUUUCAACGCGAGAAUGGCCGAAGCCCAACCUAGGUUGAACUAUCAGGCAACUAUACGCCAGGACGAUGGACGGCAAACAGAAGAGAUCAAAGCUAUUGUGCCAGCAAAAACAGGUCUAGAAAAAGGACCCGUACAGAAUGCUUUUGACCGCAUGAGGCCAAAGAGGCUGUCAGAAGAAGUCGCCACUUUCACCAUCGGAGACAAGACUUUUACCACAGUAUUAGGGAGUCAAUCUCCUAAAUCGCUCGAGAAGCGUGACAUCCCUGGCAGCCUGAGGAGUGCAAUCAGCCCACAGAGGCGCACCAAAAGCCCAGGAGCCUUUCAAUUCUCCCAGAAGUUGCGCAGAUUUGGUGCGCAAGGGUCCAACAUUCCGGAUGAGGAAGAGGGUGACUCGGAUGCGCAGUCUGACGCGGAAUUGGUCGACGCUGAUAGCGAGACGACUGAAGAUUUUCCCGCGGAGCACGAAUCCGAUCUGGACCAGCAGAGCGUGGGGAAUGAAGAUUUGGCCGAGGACGAGUUAGAAGCGGCACCAGACACGGAAGGAGAGUCCGACGCAGACUAUAUUGAUGACGAGGAGAAGAAAAGGAUUGAAGAAGCCAAAGUCGCUGAGCUUAUUCAGGCAGCUGAAGCAAGCUCGACCGUUCCGACCAAAGAGAACUUGAAACGAGCAAUGAAAGCCCUGGCAGGAGGACGAGCCAAGGAGUCUACGACGAAUUUAUUAGCAACUAUUGAGUUUUCCAUCUCAAGCAUAUCCAGUCAAAUGCGUCAGUAUGUUAGACCAGUGGAUUCCAGUAUGAGCCGUCGAUCUUCGCAAGUUGAUGGAAAAGACAAUGAUGUGGAAGACCCGGAAACAAGCCUCUCACUGACCGUAUCGAAGCCAGAUUUUGCACAAAUGAGGAUUGUCGGACAAUUCAAUCUAGGCUUCAUUCUGGGUGUGCGACCGGCUAAGAAGUCUGCGGUUACGAAGACCCAAGCAACACAGGAUGAACUGUUCAUUAUCGACCAACAUGCGUCAGAUGAGAAAUACAACUUUGAAAGGCUGCAAGCCGAGACUAUUGUGGGCAACCAAAGGCUCGUGCGACCAGUGAUACUCGACUUGACGGCGGUGGAAGAAGAAAUCGUCCUGGAGAACAACGAAGCUCUGGAGAAGAACGGUUUUCUCGUCGAGAUCGACACCAGCGGCGACAAGAUGGUUGGACAACGUUGCCGCCUCGUCAGCCUCCCACUCAGCAAAGAGGUGGUAUUUGGUAUGAAAGACCUAGAGGAACUCAUUCAGCUUUUGGCCGAUACACCUGUGGGCGGUUCUUCUGAUAUUCCUCGACCCAGCAAAGUCAGAAAGAUGUUCGCCAUGCGAGCAUGUCGAUCGAGCAUUAUGAUCGGCAAGACACUGUCCAGGCGGCAGAUGCAAAAGGUGGUGGCAAACAUGGGCACAAUCGACAAACCCUGGAACUGCCCGCAUGGACGCCCAACGAUGCGACAUCUAUGCAGUUUAGACACGCUGCAACCAUGGUGUGAGGGAGACGAUGAAGGCGCAGGGGCAACCAGUCUAGGGGUGGCGUUGCACAGAUUCGUAGCGGAGGACUAG